GCAAAAAUCCGCAGGCUCAUCUCACGUGUAUCUCAAGCAAAAUAGCUUCUAAAAUGAAGGUAAAAAUACUCUCUAGAAAUCCCGAAGAUCACAUAAGGGAGCUAAAAUCCGACAUCCAUAGACAGCAGAGGAAUCUAGACCCUUCGUUGCACCCGUUUGAAGCUCCUAGAGAGUACACACGAGCUUUGAACGCCACCAAACUCGAAAGAGUCUUUGCCAAGCCAUUUAUUGGUGCUUUGGACGGGCACACAGAUGGAGUGAAUUGCCUCUCGAGGCAUCCGAGGAGCUUAUCCGUGCUGCUAUCUGGCUCUUGUGAUGGGGAGGUAAAGCUAUGGAAUCUCCCCACAAAAGACUGUCUUCGCACUAUUACGGCACACAAAGGCUUUGUUCGCGGAUUGUGUGUAGAUCAUACAGGGCAGUCUUUUAUAUCUGUUGGUGAUGAUAAAAUUGUUAAACAAUGGAGUAUGUCAAAUGCACUUGAUGGGACAACGACAAAACUAGAACCCUUACAAACUAUUCUAGGCAAGACUAUGUUUCAUGGCAUUGAUCAUCACUGGAAAGACAAGACCUUUGCCACAUGCGGAGAGCAAGUGGAUAUUUGGGAUGAGGGGAGGGCAGAGCCGGUAAGGAGCUUCACCUGGGGCGUCGACACCAUUCACAGCGUUAAGUUCAAUCCUGUUGAGACACAUAUUCUAGCAAGCACAGCAUCUGAUCGCAGCAUUGUUCUCUACGACAUGCGUGGCUCCACCCCUUUGCGUAAACUUGUCAUGGAGAUGCGCUCAAACACAAUAGCAUGGAACCCUAUAGAAGCUUACAUGUUUACUGCCGCAAAUGAGGACUCUAACUUAUACACAUAUGACAUGCGGCGACUUGAUCAAGCUGUUAACGUUCACAUGGACCAUGUGUCGGCGGUGCUGGAUGUGGAUUAUGCUCCUACCGGUCAGGAGUUUGUGACGGGAAGCUUUGAUAAAAGCAUAAGAAUCUUUCCUCGAGACAAAGGGCACAGCAGGGAAGUGUACCACACCCGCCGCAUGCAGAGAGUAUUCUGUGUCCGAUUCAGUGCUGACUCCCAAUAUGUGUUGUCUGGCAGUGAUGAGACAAAUAUCAGAAUAUGGAAAGCAGAAGCUUCCAAAAAGCUAGGAACGCUUGCCCCAAGAGAAAAAGCGGCAUUUACAUACAGUGCACGUCUGAGAGAAAGAUUUAAAUUCCACCCACAAAUAAGCCGCAUCCGAAGGCAUCGUCACGUGCCCAAGGCGAUCUUCAAGGCAGCGAAGGAAAAGAGAGUGAUCAUGGAUUCGGAAAGACGGAAGGAAGAGAAUCGGCGACUUCAUAGUAAACCUGGAACUGUUCCUCGCGUCGCAGAGAGGCGGAAGCAAGUUGUAUCGGUUGUGAAAUAAGAUGAACUAAUGUCCUGAUCACACUUCGCUUAGAAACAUGCAUAAAGUCACCCGAGACUUUGUUAUCAUCCUAUUUAAUACCGGAAGACAUAUUGUAUUGCUUGUGUACAAGGAAAACGGAGAAAGGAAAGAAUGAAUGAAAAGGAAAUAGAAAAAAAAGUGAGCGCUCAUCUGGUGUUUUCUUCCAUCUUCAAUCGUCUCUAUGAACGUUCGUUCAUAGUCGAGACUUUCCUCUGUUCCCGACUGACGAGCAUACUUGAAGUGGGUGUUGUUCUCCUCGGUGAGCAAUUCGCCUUUUUAGCCGUAACGCUUAACCCGUGGUGUACCCUGCUAACAAAGCUUUUCCUGUUUGUUUCUAUCUGUUGAAUUAUCCGUGUCGUGUCUCUGUUGUUUCGCGCACGCAAAGUCCACAUGGAAGACUUAUAAAUAUUUUUCGGCUUUACAUUGAGUAUAGAGGUCACAGGUAGGCAAAAGGCGUUUUAUACUUACUAAAGCUUUAACCGGAAGUUACCACACCGGAAUUUUAAAGAUAAUUCAAGGAUUACUGUGUUGCGAAAAGCACAGAAAGACCACAUUAAAGUUCGCGCAGGUAGACAGGCAGGCAGAACUCGUACGCUGACAUCUAGGAUGCUCAAUGCACCUAGGCUUAAAAACGAAUCUAUAGAAUCCGCGAUAUUAAACAGGCCAUCCGCUCUAAUAUAUCAUUCAUAUCCUCGAAAAAAAUUCCAAUAGACUCAUUGCUUUUAUAAUUUUGAAAUAUUUUUUUCGCGUUUUCAGUUAAAAAUCAUCGCAGAUUGUUACGUUAUCGACCGGAAGUAAGCUGGUGACUGCGGAGAUGAGAGCGAUGAGAGUUCCAACUCUCAUGACCGUUUGCACUCUUACGCACUCUGAUUAAUUGUGAACCACAGGUAGCCCAAGCUCUUUAUCUUUCCAUAAUGAUAUUUAACGGUAAACAUAGGGCGAAAAACAAAAUUAUGUCCAAAAUAAGCCAGUUCAGAGUUCAAGAAAUGCCGUGAGGCGUUUUGCACCAAAAGAGCGAUUUCACAAGAGAGUUUGUAUUGCGGUCUUGGAGAAAAAUCCUUUCUACAAAA